AUGAGUUUGAAGAUUUCCAACGAUGUUGAGGACGGAGAUUCUUGUGAGCAGUCACUUGAAUAUACAUUUGAGUCUUCGGCGUUCUCAGAUUCCAACAGCGAUGACGAUCAACACAUAGAGGGGGAACUAAAGUCCACGGCCGAUACGAACGAGACGAACUCCAUUGAUCAUAGUCUAGGCCUUGACAGCUCUUCCGACGUCACAGCUAAGCCGCUCGAGGACGUUUCUCACUCGAAGGAUGGGAGAUACGAGGACCCGUCACCUCCAACUAGCCCCAAAAGCCCUGGAAGUCCCGGAUCAGAGACCACGAACAAGACAAAGGAAAGAAGAAAGCGCAAUUCCUUUCUGAAGAGAUUUACCGUGUUCGCUGGCGUUCCGGGACAAACGGCAGUCAGCUCUCAGCGAUCUAGUUUGCACUCGCUUACUGGUUUUGGAGACUUUCGGCGAUUUUCGUUGGCUAGUUCUGUCAGCUCUCAAGCUACUGAGAAGAGCGAUGCGACUUAUAAGUCGUCUGGUUCUCAUGGCAGGCUUUCAAAGUACAUCAGUUCAUUUAGCGGAGACACUGCAUUUCCUAAUCUCGACUUCUCGGAAACAGUAUCUGGCCCCAGUCAAUCCUUAAAAGAUGGUAAAACAGAGGACGAACAGGCGAUUUCCUUCCAAAAGAAGCUCAAGCACAUCCGCGAAAUCACUGGAACCCAAGUCGCUCUCCGCGCCGAAGAAGACCCCGACUCCCCACAACGACCCAACGACCCGAGAAUGUGGCACACGAAGAAUCUAAGAUGCGCCUCCUGCAUGGGAGCCUGCGCGGUUUGCAAUACUGCGUGCUGCAUGUACGAGGCUGGAUGUCGCGCGAAGAAAGAUCCAAGUUCGGGUGCUUUCAAAGCUGCUCAGGCUGAGAGGAUUGUUUUGAAUAUUGAGGCAUUGGGGUCGCAUGUUCGGGAUAACACGACCUUCAUUAUGUGUACCUUGGGAGGGGGUUGUGGGCGAUAUGUCUGCCCGGAGUGUUGUGGGAUUUGUAUCAAUGUGGCUUGUCGGGAUGUCCAAUGCAAGUCUCACGACCAGGUCGCCGCAGAGACCGAUUCGACUCAACCACCCAACGCCAACCGACAACAACUCGUCUCGACCGGCUGCGCAUCACCGACAACCAAGAUGCGUACCUACGACGAUUCUUUCAGCGGUCAGAAGAUCUACCCUGGAAAGGGUAAGCUGUUCGUCCGUGGCGACAGCAAGAUCUUCCGCUUCCAGAACGGAAAGUCCGAGUCCCUUUUCCUCCAGCGCAAGAACCCUCGCCGGUUAUCCUGGACUGUUCUCUACCGUCGCCAGCACAAGAAGGGUAUCUCUGAAGAAGUUGCUAAGAAGCGCACUCGCCGUGUCGUGAAGUCCCAGCGUGCCAUUGUCGGUGCCUCUCUCGAUGUGAUCAAGGAGCGCCGCAACCAGCGCCCCGAGGCCCGUGCCGCCGCCCGCCAGGAGGCCAUCAAGCAGGCUAAGGAGAAGAAGGCCGCUUCCGAGAGCGCUAAGAAGGCUGAGAAGGCCAAGUCCGCCGCCGGUGCCGCCAAGGGUGGUGCUAAGCAGGGUGGUAAGAAGCGUACUUAA